AUGCUUGUAGCAAGAACUGGCCGCUUUUGGACGAACGGUCUCCGUGCUCUUUUGACUAGAAGCACUUUGGCUGGUCCAAACGUUCUUCUCUCAAAAACUCAAUCCUUUCGUUAUGCCGGUGCAAGGUUUAUGUCUGACAAAGUAUUUAAGCGUUCGAAACCUCAUGUGAACGUAGGAACCAUUGGUCAUGUUGAUCACGGAAAGACUACUCUUACGGCGGCUAUAACGAAAACUUUGGCAGAAACUGGUCAAGCCAGUUUUAUGGAUUACAACCAGAUUGACAAAGCUCCAGAAGAAAAAGCGCGUGGAAUUACCAUUUCCACUGCACACGUAGAAUACGAGACCAAAAAGCGUCAUUACGCACAUGUCGAUUGUCCAGGACAUGCAGAUUACAUUAAAAACAUGAUCACAGGUGCAGCGACGAUGGACGGUGCCAUCAUUGUGGUCUCUGCCACUGAUGGGCAAAUGCUUCAAACACGAGAGCAUCUGUUGUUAGCGCAUCAAGUGGGUGUGAAGGACAUUGUUGUGUACAUCAACAAAGUUGAUAUGGUCGACGAGGAUAUGGUUGAGUUGGUUGAAAUGGAAAUGCGUGAAACUCUUUCUCAAUACGGCUACGAUGGAGACAAUGCCCCCGUUAUUGCAGGCAGUGCUCUUUGCGCUCUUGAGGGUCGUAACCCUGAGAUUGGUCGUGACAGUAUCUUGAAGCUUUUGGAUGCCGUCGAUGAAUACAUUAGCACCCCUCAACGUGAUGUGGAUAAGCCUUUCCUUAUGGCCAUCGAGGAUGUUUUCUCUAUUUCUGGUCGCGGUACUGUCGUGACUGGUCGUGCAGAACGCGGAACCUUGAACAAGGGUUCUGAAGUUGAACUUGUGGGUUACGGAAACACGAUCAAGACUACGGUUACGGGCAUUGAAAUGUUUAGAAAGCAGCUUGAGAGUGCAAUUGCAGGCGACAACUGUGGCCUUCUUUUGCGUUCCAUUAAGCGUGAACAAGUACGCCGGGGUAUGGUUGUAGCUGCUCCCGGUUCUGUUUCUGCGCAUAAAAAAUUCAAGGCAUCCUUCUAUAUUCUUACAAAAGAAGAGGGUGGUCGCCAUACUGGUUUCGUCGACAAUUAUCGUCCUCAGAUGUACACACGAACCUCAGAUGUUACUGUGGAGUUGAAGCACGUUGAAGGCGCUGAUCCUCAUGCUCUCGUAAUGCCUGGAGAUAAUGUUGAGCUUGUCUGUUCGUUAAUUCAUCCCAUUGUUGUUGAAAAAGGACAACGCUUUACUAUUCGCGAAGGCGGUAACACAGUCGGAACUGGACUAAUUACAGAAAUUAUUGAGUAA